AGCGUGUAUUGCGCAAAUAAAAUACAAAUACAAUAAAAAGUGAAAUUCUGUUUUUCUAAUUUCCUUUUCUUUUGCGCCAAGAAAGAAUUGUGAACAUUUUGUUAUUAUUAUAAGUUGGUUUAAAAGCUGCUUUUGCGAAAAUGGAGGAAUUAGGAAUAGCAACAAAACCUGCUAUCGUCACGCCAGAAUCAUCCCGUCCUGGCACUGUUCAAUCUAUGCUUAGCACGACUGAAAUAGACAAGAUAGAAGAUCUUUAUACGAAAUACAAGAAGCUGCAAAAACAACUGGAGUUUCUCGGAGUACAAGAAGAAUAUAUUAAAGAUGAAAUGAAGAACUUGAGGAAGGAAUAUUUGCAUGCUCAGGAAGAAGUGAAACGCAUACAGAGUAUUCCUGUUGUGAUUGGUCAAUUCUUGGAAGCAGUGGACCAGAACAAUGCAAUUGUUCUUUCAACAACCGGAUCAAAUUAUUAUGUCCGAAUAUUAAGCACAAUUGAUAGAGAACUUUUGAAACCGAACUCUUCAGUGGCUCUUCACAAACAUAGUAACGCACUUGUGGAUGUCCUCCCUCCUGAAGCAGACAGCAGUAUCACUAUGCUUUCUGCAGAUGAGAAACCUGAUGUGUCUUAUUCUGAUAUUGGUGGAAUGGACAUCCAGAAACAAGAAGUUAAAGAAGCUGUUGAACUUCCGUUGACACAUUUCGAGCUUUAUAAACAGAUUGGAAUUGACCCUCCUCGUGGAGUCUUGAUGUUCGGACCUCCUGGUUGUGGAAAGACAAUGUUGGCAAAAGCUGUCGCCCACCAUACCACUGCUUCAUUUAUUCGAGUCGUUGGAUCGGAAUUCGUGCAGAAAUAUCUGGGUGAAGGACCAAGGAUGGUACGGGAUGUGUUCAGACUUGCCAAAGAGAACUCCCCUGCCAUUAUCUUCAUUGAUGAAAUAGAUGCGAUCGCCACGAAGCGUUUUGACGCUCAAACUGGUGCAGAUCGUGAGGUGCAACGUAUCUUGCUGGAACUACUUAACCAGAUGGAUGGCUUCGAUCAAACUGUUAAUGUUAAGGUUAUUAUGGCCACCAACCGAGCUGACACGCUCGAUCCUGCUCUGCUGCGUCCUGGUCGUCUGGAUCGGAAGAUUGAAUUCCCGCUUCCGGAUCGGAGACAGAAGCGUCUCGUCUUCUCCACCAUUACUGGGAAGAUGAACCUCAGCGAUGAAGUGGAUUUGGAAGAUUAUGUUGCCAGACCUGACAAAAUCACUGGUGCUGAUAUAAAUGCAAUUUGCCAAGAAGCAGGCAUGCUUGCAGUUCGUGAAAACCGGUAUGUCGUUCUUUCCAAAGAUUUCGAGAAGGCUUACAAAACACAGAUGAAGAAAGACGAGCAAGAAAUGGAAUUUUACAAAUGAUUGUUUCGUGAUAAAUCGAUAUUGUUUUCGUGGUGUUACGCUAUAAAUGGUGAUAUUACUGUUUUCGAGUUUCAGUGCAAAGAGCAUUUUUGCUGCUAUGAAAUAAGACUUAGUCAUUUUGUCACACAGUUUGAAGUUCAAAUAAAUUAUCACAUUGCAAGCUAA